AGAAGAAGACUAAAAUGAAACUGCGUUUACAUUUAUUUUGUUUUUUCUGUUUUGUAAUGUUUCAUCUCUUGUUCUAGCCUUUAUUUUCUAUUAGAGUUGUUAAUAGGAGUUGUGAUCUUAUGUUUUUCUUAAUGUUCAUUAUUGACGUGUUGUUUGCGUUUGUCAUUGUUAUUAUUUCAAAUAAAAAAAAAAACGGCGUUGAAAGUCUGUUCCUGUUCCCUCUGUUUCCGGCUGUGCGAUCAGACAAGUGAAGGAAAGUGAAAAAUGGCAGCAAAAGGCGGCGGCCUGGUCCGGACGGUGCUGCAGCAAUGCUUACAGGCCAGACUGCAGGUUCAAGAAGCGGAUGAACAGCAGGAGGCUCAAUACGUCCAGAUCAACAGAGGAAUGGUGAUCUACAUCUGCUUCUUCAAGGGAGCCACAGAUGACAUCCUGCCUAAGAUGGUCAACACGCUGCUGAACCUGCGGUUGUGCGAGCUGCCUUCUGGAAAGAGGGUUUCAGUGUUGGAGCUUCCUGGUAGCCUGCUGAUCGUCCCUCAGGCCACGCUGGGUGGAAAAGCCAAAGGGAAAGGCAUGCAGUACCACAAUAACAUCAGCAAAGAGGAUGGAGUGAAGCUUUACAGCUCCUUCAUCUCACUGUGUGAGAAAGAACUGAUGGCUGCUGGGAGGGAAGCUGAGGUGACUGUGAGACAUGGAACAUAUGGACAGAGACAAGUGCUUCAGCUGGACACCAACGGACCAUACACACAUCUCAUGGACUUUUGAUAAGUUCUAUUUUACGAGGCUGACAGAGAUGGUGUUAGUCUGUGAGGUUCAUGUAAAUGUAAAUCUUGUUCGGUCAUAAAAAAAUUUGGAAGAAUUGUUUGGCUUUUAAAAUAAAAGUGAAAUUUUUAUUUCCCA